AUGGCAGACUUGAUCCGCGAUGCCCCCAUUGGGCAGCUGAUCCGCUUCCUCACCAAGAACAAGUACCUCCAGUACCCUGAAGAGAGAGCCGACUUUAAGUUGCCCGAGCCUUGGCAGCAACUAGUCGACAACCCCAAUGCCGUCGUCGAUGAAGGCCCAGUGACGUCGUCGUCAUCCUCAACAGUUCACGGCGGUGAUGGCAACAACAACGCGGGCAACCUGUCCGAGAAGGAGACCGAUGUCGACCCAGAGAAGCAGAAGAAGCGGGAGCAGGACCAGCAAGGAGCCCAGCAGGAGCCGCUACAUCUCCAUCGCACACGGUCGCCUGAAGAGACGCCGGCUUUCACCGAGGCACGCCUCGAGGCCGACGAGGCCCACGAUGUGCAGCGCGUCAAGUCGAUUCCCGUCGUGCCUCAGCGCACAAAGGACGGCGCCAUCCUCGUCGACUGGUACUACAGCGACGACGCCGAGAACCCGCACAACUGGACCAACAAGAAGCGCACGUACAUUGGUCUCGUCAUCUGCCUUUACACGUUCGUCGUCUACACCACGUCCGCCAUCUACACGUCCUCGUCUGAGGGCGUCAUGAAGGAGUUUGGCGUCAGCCAGCUCAAGGCCACUCUGGGCCUGUCCAUCUACGUCCUGGGCUAUGGCAUUGGUCCGCUCAUCUUUUCGCCCCUUAGCGAGAUCCCUCGCAUUGGCCGCAACCCCGUCUACAUUGUCACCAUGUUCCUCUUCGUCAUCCUCUCAAUCCCGACCGCAUUUGCGCCCAACUAUGCUGGACUCAUGGUCCUGCGUUUCCUCCAGGGCUUCUUUGGCUCGCCGUGUCUGGCCUCGGGUGGCGCCUCGCUUGGCGACAUGUACAGCCUCAUGGCGCUCCCCUUUGCCAUGGUUGCCUGGGUCUCGGCUGCCUACUGUGGACCCGCCCUUGGCCCGCUCCUGUCUGGAUUCGCCGUCCCCGUUGAGGGCUGGCGCUGGUCCCUCUUCAUCUCCAUCUGGGCAUCCGCCCCCGUCUUCGUCACCAUGUUCAUCUCCCUCCCUGAGACGAGCUCGCCCAACAUCCUCCUGCGCCGAGCCAAGCGAUUGCGCAAGCUUACGGGCAACGAGCGCUUCAUGUCCCAGAGCGAGAUUGACCAGCGCCACAUGAAGGUGUCGUCCAUCGCCCUCGACGCCCUCAUCAAGCCUCUCGAGAUCACCAUCAAGGACCCGGCCGUCCUCUUCGUCCAGAUUUACACGGCUAUCAUCUACGGCAUCUACUACUCUUUCUUCGAGGUUUUCCCUCUCGUCUAUCCCGUCGACUACCACAUGAACCUCGGCCAGAUCGGCUUGGUCUUCCUGUGCAUUCUCGUGUCCUGCAUCAUUGGUAUCGCCCUAUAUGUGGGAUACCUCUACUACUACAUGAACCCGCGCAUCAUGAAGUUCGGCAUGCCCGCUCAGGAGAACCGUCUGGUUCCCGCGCUGCCCGCCUCCUUUGGUCCCACCAUUGGCCUCUUCUUGUUCGCGUGGACGGCUCGCGCCUCGAUCCACUGGAUCGUGCCCACCAUCGGCAUCACCAUCUACGGCGCCACCUGCUUCGUCGUCAUGCAGUGCAUCUUCGUCUACGUGCCCCUGAGUUACCCCCAGUACGCCGCCAGCCUGUUCGCCGCAAACGAUUUCUUCCGCAGCGCCCUCGCCUGCGGCAGCGUCCUCUUUGCGCACCCGCUGUUCGGCAACCUGGGCGUCGCCCGCGGCACCAGCCUGCUCGGUGGCCUCAGCGUCAUCGGCAUCGUCGGCAUCUGGCUGCUCUACUUCUAUGGCGCCCGCCUCCGCGCGCUUAGCAAAUUUGCCCUCUCGGAUUAG